AUGUCUGUCUUGGCAGAGUCAGAAGUGAGGAUGGACACCCAAGAUCAGGAAGAAGGUGACUCCCAGUGCUGCCCAGGAGAGACUUUCUUUGUACUAGCCUCUCACUGGGAAUCAGCCGCUGCGGACAAAAAUCCGAUUUCCUUGGCUGUCUCCAAAGGGGAGGUCUGUCUCUACUGUGACAAGGACAAAGGAAAGCGUAAGCCGUCCCUUCAGCUGAAGAAGAAGCAGCUCAUGAGUCUCAUUGGCCAGAACGAGCCAGUGCAGAAGGCCUUCAUGUUUUACAAGGUUCAGGUGGGAAGCCGGCACACCUUGGAGUCAGCGGCCAAUCCGGGAUGGUUUGUCUGCACCUCCUGUAAUUCUGGCACACCUGUUGGAGUGACAAACAAAGCUUCUGCUGUCACCAAGCGGGGCUCCCGUCAUCCUGUCCGCGAUUGCCGGGCUCUGUCACCAAGCAGGACUCUCACCCGCAUUAAGGGGGAUGGGCUCCCCAAAAAUAGAAACCCAAGACCUGGAAACCGACUCCUGUGUGGCAAGGGGGGUCGAAAAUUGCCUCCUGGUUUUUGGUGUUGA